GCGGGCAGAAGGGCGCGCGUUAGAGCCAAUCUGCAGCCGGUGCGCGGCUGAUUGGCGUCCAGCGGCAGAGACCCCGGAUCCUGAUUGGGCAGGCCUGCUGUUGUGGACGGGCCUACAAGGACGGAGUCCGGAAGUGCAGUCGCGCCGCUCGGGCCUGGGCUGGGGUCGCAGGGGUCGCCGGGGCGGCGAGGCCGGCAUGGCGGCGCUGCGGAAGCACGUGUUUGUUGGAAAAGUGCUGAAGAAACUGUAUCCUGAGGUUCCACGUGGUCAAGAGAAGAGAGCCCCAGUGAGUCCAGCCUGCAGAAACCCACCUGAGAAAGUGGCUCCUGAGAGAGUGAAGGGCAGGAGCGUCCCCCCCAUGACAGGUGGUGACACUCAGGUCCAGCCUGCGCGACGGCUCUACACCGUGGGCCUGCCUCCUGAGGGUUGGGUCCCCCCUCCGCCAGAGGCCCCCAGCUGCUCGAGUCCCGAGAGCUCCUCCAGCGGUGAGGACGCAGGAGAUCAGGAUCUUCAUGCUCAACCAAAGAGAAGAAGAAUUAGAAAGCAUAAUUCAAAGAAAAAAUUUAAAAAUCCCAAUAACGUUCCUGUAGAACAAGCAGAAUUAGAGAAACAGCAGAGUAUUUUGCAAGAAAAAUUGCAGCCACGGCACACAGAUGGCCCCACAAUAAGCAAAAAUAAAAAAAGGAAACUGAAAAAGAAACAGCAAAUUAAGAGGAAGAAAGCAGCUGGCUUACUAACAGGAGUCUCUGGCGUCAACUUCAUGUACCAGCCUGAGGAGACCAGCAGUGAGCAGGACGACGUGAGAGUGAGUGAUGGAGAGGACGUCGCAGACAGGGAGGGAGGGGUCCCAGAGGCCGAGGAGGAAGGAGCCACAGACGCCGGGGAGGAAGACGUUAAAAGUACCAAUGAAAAGGCAGAUGGUAUCCUGAACUUUUUGAAGUCAACACAAGAAAUUUAUUUUUAUGAUGGUGUCUCCAAGGAUUCGGACUCGGCUGUCUUCAUGGAGACCAGUGAAGAGCUAUUUAAAUAUCUUGAAACUCACAGCAUGCCCUCCUCAGAUGUGUUCAUUCUGGAUCACAUGAAAACGCUGUUACUUUUGCAAGAUACUGAAAGAUUGAAGAGUGCCCUGGAAGUGUUCCCAGAACAUUGCAGGAUGCCACCCGCUGCCACCAACCUUUAAGAAACUUCGGGGCUUCCCUGAUGGCACAGUGGUUAAGAAUCCGCCUGUCAAUGCAUGGGACAUGGGUUCAAGCCCUGGUCCGGGAAGAUCCCACAUGCUGCAGAGCAACUAAGCCCAUGCGCCACAACGACUGAGCCUGCGCUCUAGAGCCCGCGAGCCACAACUACUGAGCCUGCGUGCCACAACUACGGAAGCCCACGCACCAAGAGCCUGUGCUCUGCAGCAAGAGAAGCCACCGCAGUGAGAAGCCUACGCACCGCAACAGAGAGUAGCCCCCGCUCGCCGCAACUAGAGAAAGCCCGCGCGCAACAACGAAGACCCAACGCAGCCAAAAAUAAAUAAAUUAAAUAAAUAAAUUUAAAUUAAAAAAAAGAAACCUCAACUUGUUGAGGUUGGCUGUUGUAUAA